AGAGCCCCGUGCUCCGGGGGCCCAGUACCGUUCAAAGAUGCAAACCGCCGGGAUGCUGCGUGGUACCAGGGUCAUCUCCCUUCUGGUACUCGUGGUACCUCCUCUUAUUGGCUACGCCUAUUCGAGUCCUCUUCAAUAUCUACCCAGCAUCCCGGGAUACAUUCCCGUUUAUAUAAGAUACGGAGAUGAACCAUUAGACCAAAUAAAUCCCGACUUGGCCGAAGCUUUCGGAGAGAAUUCAGUUAAGAGUUUGCAGAAAAUAGAUCACACGCUUGCUCACGAGUCUGACAAUUUCAAAGAUGACGACAUAAACGUGUUUUUGGAAGAGUCAAGCAAGAAGCAUGCAUAUCCGCUGCACGUUAGAGAAGCGGAACCCUCAUUCGCCACUGUUAGCAGCGCUGAUUCUAACAAGCCAAAGCUUCUAAAUAUCUACGAAUUACCUGAUGACAAUGAUACCAGGCCGCGCAGACGUUUUCGAGGAAGAUCUAGAAUGAAGAAACCGCCCCCAAGAAAGGUUAGCUUACUUUCCGAUGCGGAAAAGGAAGAGUUGGAAAAACUGGCGAUUGAAGUUGAAAGAGAGGAGACCAAGCCAAAUGAACUCUACGGGCCUCAUUCUAGAUCGCCACAUCUGGAAAGACCACAUAAUCGACAAAAUGCGCACAAUUUCUUCGCGCCAAUAAAAGGGCAGAAUCCGUUCAACGAACCCUUGAUAGAUUUGCCUGGAAUUUCUAAAGUCGCAGACUUUUCGAAAUCCUCGAAUGAUCACAAUAUUGCUGAAACUGAUGAAAGUGAACCGCCUAUUAAAGAGCAACGUCCAGACAACGUUUUGUCGAAUGUGGAUAAAUUGCUACCUAUCGAUUUUAUAGACGAAAGCAAAAUCGAUGAGGAUGCGAUACCUGAAGUCGAUAAAGGGAAAUUAUUGCCAAAUAAGCAGGCAGACCAGUCAGAAACUCCUCAAGUCAUAGAUCUUUCGCAACCCUUAGAAUACGACGAUGCUGGUUUAUCUGAGGUUGGUAAAAAUGGAUCACCUAUCAAAGUACAACGCCCAACGUCAAUUUUGUCGAACGUAGAUAAGUUAUCGCCCAUCGAUCUACCAGACGAAAGCAAAACUGCUGAACAUAAUAAAAUGAACGAUUCUACAAAGCCAAACGACGAAAUUGCGACAGAUUAGUUGCUCAAGAAUGCUUUUAUAAUUUAUUUGUAGUAAUAUCAAGUGUACCAGAUCGCCCGCGAUCUUUUUCAGUCACAAAUUCUUCGAAGAAUUUAGAGUCAAAUUUUGCUCGGCAAAAGAUUUGUGAAAAAAGAUUUGUCGCAACGUCGUCAUUUUCGUCGAAUAAAUAGCAAUUAAGUUUAACAGUUAUUUUAGUGUAGUCGCGCUAUAAUUAAACCGUAGUUGCCAUAAAAAUAUCUAAAUUCGUCAAGAAAUUUGUAGUCAGAAAAAGAUGUAACUGAUUAGAAAUAUUUUAUCCGUAAGCUCUAAAGUAAAAGUUAGUUAUGUGAUAAAGAGCAUUUCUAUGAUUUUUUAGGUUGUGUUAUUUAUGAUAAAAUAAUCUACUGAUGCUCGUGAAGAAUAUUUUAUCGCAUAGUGGAAAUUACAGUUUUCCUGGUGGCUGUUAUCGCUUUCGAGCUUGUAAAAUUUACGCACUAUGAAUCAUGUUAAUGUUAAUAAUAAUGUUAAUAAUAGAACCUCAUCGUGUAAAGUUGAAUGUUUUUAAUAAAACUUUGCCGUAAUUAUUCACAAUAGUGAAUAAAAAUA